AUGGAUAAUAAAAAAUAUGUGAUAAAAUAGCAUGGCAGAGAAAUCAAAGCAUAAAAAAAAGAGGAAAUCAAAACGACUAUAGAAUAAUUACGCAAGAAAUUUGAAUAAUAAGAUAAUGUAUAAUUAGAACCCGAAGAAAUUAUAAAGAUUUGUGAAGAAUUCUCUGAUAUAUUUCUUGUGAAAAGAGAAGUUCAUACUAUCUAAAAUUAAAUGGUUGAGAUUAUUGAUCUAAAAUUAAAUGUUGAUCCUGAAAUUGAAGAUAAAAUUCUAACAUCAAGUUUUGUCAUACAUCAAACAUUUAGAAGAGGAUUAAGUUUAAUAGGCUUUUAAAAUUAAUACAAGUUACUUCGAAAAGGAAUGAUGAAAUUUUUUGAUAUAAAAAUAAUUGAUCAAGAAAAAGCAAAGUCUGAGGAAAAAAAUGAUUUAAAUAAUCAAAUAUCAUUUUACACUUUUCAUAGAAUAUACAAAGAAUUAGAAAAUGGAAAGUCAAUUAAAAUAUAAGUUUAGGAAAAAGCCAAUGGGGAAAAUGCAUAAAUAAGUUUUUUUCCACCUUUGAAUAUGUGGGUGAUUUGUUCCAAAAAUACUGCUAUUUUAUGUAACGGAGUUGAUGAUUUGAAAAUUUAUUCAGAUCAAAAAUUUAAUCUUGCAAUAUAAAUUGCGAAAUAAUGGUUUAAAAUGAUAGAUUAAAAUCCUCAACUAGUAGAGAUUAAAUAAGAAUUAUCAAAUUCUACUUUAGUUGGGGAAUAUUGUGGACAUCCAAAAUUUUAGCACUUAGUAAAAUAUGACAAUAUUUCUUUAAAAUUUUUCUCAAGAGUUAAACAUAGCAGUUUAGAAACUUGUGAACCAUUAGGUGAAUCUAGAUUGUUGUUUUAAUAAUAUUAACUUCCAACUGUUUCUUGUAGAUUGGAAGUUCAAGUUGAUAGCAAAGAGAAUCUGAUUAUUGAACUAAAAAAACUAAAGGAUAUGAUUAAAAUAAGGAGCAUAGAGGAAGAGGGAGAAGGAGCAGUUUUAUAUCUUGUAAAUAAUUAAGAUCAAUGCCUUACACUAGGGAAAUUGAAAACUAUUGAAUACAAAAUUCAUAGGUAAAUUAGAGAGGCAUUGAAAGAUUGCAUUCACUAAAAAGGAAACCCAGUUAAAACUUAUUAGGCUUUGUAACAAAGCGUACAAUAGUUUACAGCAAUUGAUUAAGGCAAGAGGAAAUAAUACCUGCAAUUUGCUACUAAUUUACUCCAAGAAGCUUCUAAUUUCCUUAAAGGUCAGCAGGAUGCAAACAUGAAAUAGAUUUAAUAAAUACUUUUUAGUUUAAUUGAUAAAAGCUAUUUAGAUAUCAAGGAUAGAAUAUAGAAAAAAGGAAAGGAAGAUAUGAAUGUGUUUAAAUAAUUGAUAGAAUAAGGUGAUAAUAAAUAAUGA